AUGCCGGAAGUCUCGGUUUUGACAUGUCAUCCGGCGGCGUUUGAUUCCACCAAGACGUUGAUGAAUUUCACAAGGGCAAGAUUCGGUCGGAAACAACAGCAAGAAGAACAACUGCGGCAGAACCUCUUUCCUCGAAUGAAUCGUCUUGCGGCAGUCAUUCAUGUCGACAUGACUACCCGUCGCCGCCGUGGCUCCUCAGAUGGAAUGCCACCGCCCAUCUCAAUGCAUAAAGUACCGGACCAGGAGCACAAAGAUAUGGCCCAGGCGGCGUGGGAAGUGUUUUCCUCGGUGAUCAACGCGCAAGACCGAUCGACAACGGAGCUUUGA